CACCUAAGACUCUUUGAAAACUCACCUUCCUACACGCUGGCCCCCGCAAUGGCUGUACAGACAGAGGCAGCGGCAGAGGCGUCGGCAGAGGCGUCGGCAGUGGCGGCGGCAAAUUCGAUGGCAGCCACAUUCACUUCUACUGCAGCCCCGGCGCCCGUCACAGUUAAUUUGACAUACUUUACGCCAGCGAUCUCACACGUUAUACUGGCGCCAACGAGUGUCAGUAUGAUGCGGACGGAGGCGCCAGUCAGCGAGCAGUCAGCGCCAUCCAACAACAACAACAAUAUCACAACGCAGCACGCGGACGGUGAAUUGGACGAUUUAAAUUCGUUUUACUUCUACGAGACGGAACAAUUUGCAGUGCUUUGGAUACUCUUCACAAUCAUAGUGCUUGGCAAUUCCGCCGUAUUAUUUGUGAUGUUCAUAAACAAAAAUCGCAAGUCCCGAAUGAAUUACUUCAUAAAACAAUUGGCACUGGCAGAUCUCUGUGUGGGACUGCUUAACGUGCUGACGGACAUUAUCUGGCGCAUUACUAUAUCGUGGCGGGCAGGGAACCUGGCCUGCAAGGUAAUACGCUUUUCACAGGUGUGCGUUACGUAUUCAUCCACCUACGUGCUUGUGGCCAUGAGUAUUGACAGAUACGAUGCGAUAACGCAUCCAAUGAACUUCUCAAAGUCAUGGAAACGCGCACGUCAUCUUGUAGCUGGAGCCUGGCUCACCUCGGCUCUCUUCUCGCUGCCCAUACUGGUGCUGUACGAGGAGAAGCUGAUACAGGGCCAUCCGCAAUGUUGGAUCGAGCUUGGCUCCCCAAUGGCCUGGCAGGUAUACAUGAGCUUGGUAUCUGCCACUCUGUUUGCUGUUCCAGCACUUAUCAUAACGGCCUGUUACGCGAUUAUUGUAAAGACCAUAUGGGCAAAGGGCUCCAUAUUUGUGCCCACGGAACGUUCUGGCUUUGGGGCUGCGCCCACCCGUCGCGCAAGUUCCCGGGGCAUCAUACCGCGUGCCAAAAUUAAGACGGUCAAGAUGACCUUCACCAUAGUGCUGGUUUUUAUUCUCUGCUGGUCACCCUAUAUCAUAUUCGAUAUGCUGCAAGUGUUUGGACAAAUUCCUAAUUCACAAACGAACAUAGCCAUAGCAACGUUCAUUCAAAGCCUGGCCCCUUUGAACUCCGCAGCGAACCCUUUGAUCUACUGUCUAUUCUCCUCCCAGGUGUUUCGCACGCUUAGUCGAUUUCCGCCUUUCAAAUGGUUCACAUGCUGCUGCAAGUCCUAUCGCAGCAGUUCACAGCAAAAUCGCUGCAAUACAGUGGGCCGAAGGCUACACAACAGUUGUGACUCAAUGAGAACCCUGACCACAUCCUUGACCGUCUCAAAGCGCUCUACGGCACGAGUGGUUAUCUGCGAACGAUCCACCAAGAUGACCGUUCCAGCCAUGUCAGAGGUAUGA